AUGGGGCUGAAUCUCGUGACAGUAAUUCCGGCUCUCGACGGUCCGGGCCUAAUAGAACGCCUCAAGAUUAUACCGGCGAUAUUCAAACUCUGGCAAGAUUUCGAUCGCCUAUUCAAAGAAAAACGUCGACUAGAGAAACGAACCGAGUCAUCAAUGUAUUCCAAAAUUUCAGAAGAAAUAAGGGAGCUGGGCCAGCGUCUUGGAGACGCCACUAUAAGGAAAUUCCACAAGCGUCUUACUAGAAAUCCGACGGAAGAAACUAUAGAAUGUAUUAGGCUAUGGGUUGAUAAUGAACGAGAAUUAGAUACAGAGGUAGAAGAGGAGCAGAAUAGUGAUAGCGCUGGACCUAGCGGGACGAGAGAAUAG